GGCACCAGCAGAACUCCGUGAAGUUAUGGAUUAUGCAUUUCAUUUAGUUGCACUGCUGACAGUGUGCCCCAUAUCCCACAAAGUGUCUGGAAUUACGCAAGAAGACGUAUGUCUCGAGGUGGUUGCCAAUGAGAGCUAUAGCUGUGAAUGGUUAGGACUGCAGAAUAUUCCCGAGAGCAUCCCAGCAACUACAGAAAUUCUGGAUUUCAGUUUCAAUUCCCUCUACGUUCUAUACAAUUCGACCUUCAGCCGACUGAGGAACCUUAAGCAUUUAGAUUUGACAAGAUGCAACAUUAACUGGAUAUAUGACAAUGUGUUUUUACAUAACACGCAACUCAAUACAUUGGUACUGAUUGGAAAUCCUAUAUUGUUCAUCAAAGAUUUAGCAUUUUCUGGAGCAGUGUCAUUAAAUCACCUCUUCAUGGAGCAAACCUCUAUAACAAGUUUAUCGCAUGUACUCUUAAAAGACUUGGAUAAUCUGGAGACUUUGAGUUUAGGUAAUAAUUUUAUUUCUUCUGUGGAGCUUCCAAACACCUUCCAAACGAGGAACCUCAGAGUUUUGGAUUUUCAGUUUAAUGGCAUUAAUAAAAUAUUGGCAGCAGAUAUGGAAAUGCUAAAGAAGGUUGAAAAUUUAAGUCUAAUCUUAAAGGGCAACAAUAUCAAUUUUAUAGAACCAAACUCUUUCAACUCAAGUAAAUUGCACAUUCUGGAUUUGACUUCUUGCGCCACGAAUACUGAUUUGUCUGUCCUUAUAGAUGGGCUUAAUGGCCUAUCUACCAACAUUCUUAAAAUCGGGUCAUUUGAAGACGUCAAAACGAAGAACACAGUUUCUCCAUACACAUUACGUGGGCUCUGCAAUAUCUCCAUGAAGGCAGUGAGCUUACAGCACGCAGAUCUAGAUGACUUGUCAUCGGAUAUGUUUUUCUGCUUCCCCAAGGUCCAGAAGUUAGAUCUAACAAACACUUAUAUUAAAUCGUUUCCUAUAUUUAAUAACUCACUAACAGAACUAAUAUUAAAUCACAACAAAAUAGGAAGUCUUUGUGAUAUACAUUCUGAUGGGUUCACAUUGUUGAAGAGUCUUCAUAUAAAAAGAAAUCAAAAUGAAAUGAGUUUGGGGGCUUCUUGUCUAAAGCAUCUCUCCUCGCUACAAUAUCUGGAUUUAAGUCACAGUAACAUCGCAUCGUCAAGCAACUGUUGCAGUAGUCAGUUUAGUGGUCUUACUAGCUUGAAAUACCUUAAUCUCAGUUACAAUAAUAUACAGAUAUUCUUUGAACUAGCCUUUUCAGAUAAUGAUAAGCUUGAAGUCCUGGAUUUAGCCUAUACUCCCAUAACUAUUAAUGGCUCUGUUGGUCCAUUCAACAAUUUAAAGCUUCUAAGUGUUAUGAACUUGUCCCAUAGUCUUGUUGACGUAACCAAUGAACAUUUACUGCAGGGUCUUCGUAAUCUCGUCUACUUGAACCUGGAAAAGUGUGUUUGUCAAUCAGGGGUUAUCAACACUAGUCUCUUCUCACAUGCUCUGAAUUUAGAAAUCCUAAUUCUGUCCUCAUGUAAGAUAAAAGCCAUAGAAGAACAAGCAUUUUCCACCCUGAAGAAGUUGGUUUAUAUAGAUCUUAGUGGAAACAUGCUUACUGUAUUUAGCAUCAAUAUAUUUGGAGAGCUCAGUCACAUACACCUAAAUUUAGCAUUUAACAUGAUUACCACCAUACAAUUAGAAUCUGUCAGCAAUGUGUCUGGUACAAGUAUAAUCAAUUUAAGUCACAAUCCACUAGAUUGCUCGUGCGCCAACAUCCAGUUCAUAUUGUGGUAUAAAGAAAACAUUCACAUCUUUGAAGAUACUAUAAGCACUUUGUGUUGGUCUCCUCAAUCAUCAAAUGGGAAAGAACUUUCUAAAUUAAUAAUAAUUUGUAAGAUCUCCUCCGGUUAUAUAUUUCUUAUAACCGUUUCAUUUAUUCUGAUUAUCAUCGCUUUAAUAUUAGCUGCAAGAUAUUAUCGGAAAAAGAGAUACGCUUCAAUUUAGCUUGUGAGUCCCUCGAUACAUGUCAAUUAUGUUGUUUACUACAGCAGUUUUAAGUAAGUUUUACAUUGAGACAUAAUUCAACACAACAAAAAAUCUUAAAACUCAUGAUUUAUGAUUACAGACAGAAUCACAAACUCCUAUGAACAGUUUGCAUAAUACAAAGCCAGCAACAUUUUGGGG